AAGGCCAAGCGUAAAAGAGCCUCUGCACCUCAACUCGCAGUCCUAAACCGUGUGUUUAGCCAGACAUACUUUCCAUCGACAGAACUGCGAAUUGAUCUCGGAAAACAGUUAAAUAUGAGUCCUCGUACUGUCCAGAUCUGGUUCCAAAACAAGCGCCAGGCUCUUCGCACUCGCGGAAAACUAUCCGAUAAAUGCGAA